GUAUUAAUGAGGUGCCCAAAAAUCCACGGGUUAUUUAUCACAACGUGGAGUACACAGAACGGGGGGAUACUAAUGUCAUACAGUACACACCUGUAGUUAACCUCAGAUGUGAUUUCACGCCGCUGGAUGACCAGACAUUGUUCUAUGAUAUAGACUGGAUUUUUAACACCAAAACCAUUAUAUCUGGUCAGACUGUCACAUCGUCUUCGUUGAAUAAGGCCACACUGUCCACUCAGCUUCUAAGUGACCUCAAUAUCAAAAUUGGAGCCUCUAUUCAGUGCAUUGUAGGAGCCAAAUGGACAGAAAAAGACAAGCCAUGUUCUACCCCUCCCAGUUCUCUUUUCUUUGCUGGCAUUCAGGUUUUGACGCCUACAUUAACAUUGGAAAGAAAGGGAUCAGCCACAGUGAAGAUCCGACCAACCAUUCCAUUCGCCACGGAAACCUUCUACAGUAAACGUCUCAGGAAGUAUUUUGCAGGGAGUUUAGAUGUAACCAUAUCCUUUCCUACGCAAAUAGCAGCAAAAUGUGCGGCGGGCAGUUCAAAUCUCUGUAAAAUAACAAUAGAAGGAAUAACUUACGACCAAAGACAAAAGUUUGCUGAUAAUUCCUGGUAUAAAACAUAUGAAAUGGAGGUUCACAAUACAGACAAUGUUGCUUACAACAAUAACGUCAAACAGAUCAUCUUAAGAAUGACAACAAGUAAAGGGGGGAGAAAUGCUGCUGACAUCUUUAAUGACGUCACUCUACCUGAUAUAAAUAUAAACGUUGUAGAGACGCUGACGGUCUGGAAAGGAAAGCUAUGUCAGUCUGUCGCAGACCCCCACAUGAGAACGUUUGAUGGAUACGGCUAUGAAUGCCAAGAUACCGGUUGUGCCACUGGAAUAACCAGCAUUCUCUUUGAGAACAAAGAACAUAAUCAACAGGUACAAGUGAGGCACCACAAAUGCUUUAAUCCGAAUGCUAGAUGUAUCUGUGCAGUAGCUGUUCGCUCUAGGGGAGAGACGUGUUUAUGUUUGAUGCCUGUAAUGGUCGCCAGUACAUUAAUUUCCCAAUCUGUGAUGAUAAAUCAUUAAAGGUGGUGAGGAUGACAGACAAAUCAUACAAGAUAUUCCUUCCAACGGGAACAUAUGUCGCCACACUCAAUAUGGCCAGAGACUGCUUUAUCCAGACACAGGUGUAUCCGUCUGUUGCUGACGUAGGGAAAUCGGGGGGACUAUGUGGUCUCUUGGAUGGGAAUAUUCAGAAUGAUUUGACUAGAAGAUCUGGAAUAGUUGACAAUCCAAACAGUUUCAACUAUCGUACUCCUCCGGAUGCAUUCUCUAUAUCCUGAAGAGCUAGUUCAACAGAAGAUCUGUUUGCUCCUUCCAUGGAUUUCGGGUCAUUGAAAUCUUUAUCGCUGACAAAAGUAAAAUUCUGUGCAUGUAACAAGGGUGUAACUGAGUGCAGCUAUCAACAAUUCACAGACUGUAGCGAUAUCACGCGGGGAAAGGAGUAUGAAUGUAUUCUUCACAGUAGCACUAGCAGACGCAAGCGUCAUGCAAUAUACAUGCAAUCUUUCUCUCCGGAUCCCAUUGAACUUACUCUUUCAAACAGAGUUAAACGACAAGCUUAUGAUAUAACUGAGAACGCAACAACUACAUGCAAAGCGGCAUUCGAAGCGUCCUUUGCAUCCAAAACCUGUCAAGAUAAUGUCGCAGAUUUUUCGAGUGACUCCUUGAAGGAUUGUAUCUUGGAUGUGUCGUUAACAGGAGAUCCUUCCUUAGUAAUAUUCCACAUAGAAAGCGCCAUCGACCAAUGUAAAGCCUUCAUCAACCUCAACCAAACGCUUCAACAGGCGAAACCAGAAGUAGCAAGGGAAAUAACUAGCAUAUGUCAGAAUAACUGCAGCAAU